CUCCCCAGCGUGCGAUCCUUCGGGAGCCAGAGCCCAGCGUUCCUCCGUGCGACACGCAGCCCUCCUGCCAACACCAUGGUGCAGUGGACAGCUGAGGAGAAGCAGCUCAUCACCGGCCUCUGGGGCAAGGUCAACGUCGCCGAGUGCGGUGGCGAGGCCCUGGCCAGGCUGCUGAUCGUCUACCCCUGGACCCAGAGGUUCUUCGCCUCCUUCGGGAACCUGUCCAGCCCCACCGCCGUCCUUGGCAACCCCAAGGUGCAAGCCCAUGGCAAGAAGGUGCUGACCUCCUUCGGGGAAGCCGUCAAGAACCUGGACAGCAUCAAGAACACCUUUUCCCAGCUGUCCGAGCUGCACUGCGACAAGCUGCACGUGGACCCCGAGAACUUCAGGCUCCUGGGUGACAUCCUGGUCGUCGUCCUGGCCGCCCACUUCGGCAAGGACUUCACUCCCGACUGCCAGGCUGCCUGGCAGAAGCUGGUGCGCGUGGUGGCCCACGCCCUGGCCCGCAAGUACCACUGAGGAGCCGCAGGAGCGCCCGGCAGCGCCCGCACCCGCUGCCGCCCAGCCACCCGCUUCUGACAGCAAAUAAAGCUCAUCCUGUCAACUCC